CUCUAAACGUUAAGGAUUAAGGUGCAAAGACUAGAAAUAUUUUCAAAAUAAAACGUAUUACUUAUUAAUUAUUAAAUAAAUGAAAUAAAUAUAAAUUAAAUUAUUGAUAAAAUCAAAAAAAAAAUUGUUUUAUUUAUUAAAAAGAGUUUGAAAAAAUAUUCUAAAAACCAGUGAAAUUUAGUUAAAAUAAACCUAAAAAAUAACAGUAAAUUUGUUAAUAUUUUUGUUUCAAACAAAAAAAAAAUAAAUAAAAAGAAGGAAAGAAUUUGGUGGCUAGUCUAAACAAAACGAAAGAAAAAAAAACAAAAUAAAAUAUUUUAUGGUCAUGCGUAAGAAAUAUAGAAAAUAAAAGAAGUAAAAAAACACCAAAAAAAAUAAUACACAAUCAAACCUUAAACAAAGAAGGAAAGAAAGAAAAAAAAAGGAAAAAAGAACUAGAAAAAGAAAACCUCCUUAACAACUGGAGUGGGAGCUUAAAAAAAGGAGACUUUAAGAUCUCCUCUUUUGGUAAUUUUUAUCCCAAAACCAAUUCCCCACACACCAAACCAAACAAAAAACAUCAGCAACAAAUCCCCCACAUUAGCAUCAUCAUGCAAAAUUGGGACACCAUGCAAACCACCGCUAAUUAUGUGGAACACAAUAACUGGUAUAACAAUAUGUUUGCCGCCAAUAUCAAAACAGAACCGGGCACCAUAAGUUCAUCACCUCAGACACAACAGCAACAUUCUCCAGCUCCCUCAUCCGCCUCCUCCAGCACACACUUGGAAAACUAUUUGAAACAACAUCAGCAAUUUGCCAAUAUGGAUACAAAUAUGACGACCAACUCGCCCACCAACGCUCAUCAUUUGGCCGGCACUGGCAGUGAACAGCAAUUUUUCGAUACAGCUGGCAUGCAUCAGCAAUUGAUGCAACAGCAACAGUAUCAGCAACAUUUCCAGCAGGCCCAACAGGCGGCCGCACAAAAUCAGGUCACCUCACAUCUGCCUUUGGGUUUUAAUCCCCUAACACCGCCCGGUCUGCCACAAGCUGUUUUACCCGCCAUGUCUCACUUCUACACCCAGUCCACACAGCAACAGCGCCAGCAACAGCAAACACCCAGUCCAGCCCUGCUCGAAAACUCCGAAAAGUCAGCCUUGACUCCUCGCCAUACACCACCCAUGGACAUAACUCCCCCCAAAUCGCCCAAAGCCACCAAUCCCAUGACUUUGAAUACAAACCAACAGGAUCAGGAACUAAUGUCCAAUUCCAGUGAGGAUCUCAAGUACAUUGUCGAUUCGGAUGAUGAUGAGACCAUACGCUUGCCCAUCUACAAUUCUCAUGGUAAAAUGAAGAACUACAAGUGCAAAUCCUGCAGCAUGAUCGCCAUUACGAAAUUGGCAUUUUGGGAACACGCCAAGACUCACAUGAAACCCGAAAAGGUUUUACAGUGUCCCAAAUGUCCCUUUGUCACCGAAUUGAAACAUCAUUUGGAAUAUCAUAUACGCAAACACAAGAACUUGAAACCCUUCCAGUGCGACAAAUGCUCAUAUUCCUGUGUCAAUAAGUCCAUGUUGAAUUCGCAUCGCAAGUCUCAUUCCUCGGUGUAUCAAUACAGAUGUGCUGACUGUGAUUAUGCCACCAAAUACUGUCAUUCAUUCAAAUUGCAUUUACGCAAAUAUGAUCACAAACCCGGCAUGGUUUUGGAUGAAGAGGGCAUUCCCAAUCCCUCGGUAGUCAUUGAUGUCUAUGGCACCAGACGUGGCCCCAAGAAUAAGGGCUCUUCCGGCACCAGCCUGAAAAAGUCCAAUACUGAAUUGAAAAUGCCCGUCACUUCUCAAUUGUCAGCUGCUUUGCAAGGUUUUCCUUUGAAUACACAAAAUCAAAUGCCUGCCUCUCCCGCUAAAAGCAGUUCUUCAGUGGCCUCCGAAUUACCAGCCUUGACAAUUAACAUGUCUUUGCAACAGCAUCAGCAACAACAGCCAGCUGCCUCACAAAUCUCACCCUCGCAACAGUCUCAAGCCUCCAGUCAAAAUGGCAGCAUUCCUAAUCUUUUGCCGCCUUUGGCCUCGUUGCUGCAACAAAACCGCAACAUGGCCUUCUUCCCCUACUGGAACUUGAACUUGCAAAUGUUGGCUGCCCAACAACAGGCCGCCGUCUUGGCUCAACUCUCGCCACGCAUGAGAGAACAAUUACAAAAGCAACAACAGGAACAGAACAACGAACAACAACAGCCCAUCCACGAAAUUGAAGAUUUGGAAGAUGAUGACGAUGAGGAGGAAGAUGACGAGGAUCAAGAAUUCGAUCGCAAAUCGGUAGACUCAGCCAUGGAUCUAUCACAAGGUACACCCACCAAAGAAGAUCAGCAACAACAAACUCCCGAAUUGGCCAUUAACCUUAAACUAGUUGAAGACAAUGUGGAAACUCCCCUAUUCUCCUCCUCCACAGCAGCCAGACGCAAGGGACGUGUGCUCAAACUUGAUCAUGAACAAUUAAAGGCCCAGCAAUUACACUCAGCUCCUACAUCACCUCAGGCUGUUAGUGGUCCUGAAAUGCCUUCAGCUUCAUCACCCAUUGCCGCUUCAGCACCACCCACCAAAAUCGAUGAUCAUUCUUCGGCCGACGAGAGCAUGGAAACUGGCCACACCACUCACAACAAUCCCUCAAACACCAGUUCCACAUCCACGGCUUCUUCAUCCGGCAACAGCUCAAACUCCUCGUCUACUGGCUCCAGCAGUGCGACCUCAACAGCCAACUCCAGUCCUUCGGCUACACCCACCAUGUACGAGUGCAAAUAUUGUGAUAUCUUCUUUAAGGACGCUGUACUCUACACCAUCCACAUGGGCUAUCACAGCUGUGACGAUGUGUUCAAGUGUAAUAUGUGCGGAGAAAAGUGUGAUGGUCCCGUGGGGCUCUUUGUGCAUAUGGCUCGUAAUGCUCAUUCGUAAGAAUUGAUCUAAAUCAUUUCAAAAUUUGUAAAUUUUUUGUUAUUUCUUUAUUUUCGUUGCUUUGAAUUGUACAUAGAAACCAAAAAAAAACCCAAAACAAAACCCCCAAACCCCCCCUAUUUAAGUAGCUUAGGUUCGGUAUCAAAUCCCAAAAUUUGAUGCCCCCUAAUGCGAACUGUUGUCAAGAAUUGUAAAUAUGAAAAUUUUAGUCAUAUAAGUCAUAUUUUAAUUUUAUUUUUAACUCUUAAGCAAAUGGUUCCUUUUUAUGAUUACUACCAAUUAUAUAUUUUAGUAUUUUAACAAACCAAAACAAACAGACAAACGAACUAACAAAUCAAUUUGUUUAUCUCAACUAUAUAUUAUUCUAUAUAUUUGUCUCAACUAAAUGUAUGUAAAUGUAUUGUAAUUUUUAGAUGUAAGCAAAACAAACAAACAAACAACCAACCCAAUCCAAUUUAAAUUUAACAAAAACCGUCAAAGGUUUAAAAAUUCUCUAGUUUUAAAUACAAAAAUUUACAUUUUUAGUUUUAAAUUUUAAGUCUACUUUUAACAAAAUCAAAAUAUAUAUACACUCACAUAAUGCCAAACAAACUAUUAUCUUUUAUUUACUCUUUAUUUCUAAAUCAAAUUUUAACAACAAGUCAUUAUACAUAUAAAUACAUAACUAUUUAAAUCAAAAUCUAAUUAUUAUUUUAUGUUUAAUUAUCUUUUUGUUAGCCAAAAAAAAAAC